AUGGCAGCCUAUCGACCCGUCGCGGCGUCGCCAUCCCAUCCGAGCCGCGCCCGCCAGCGCCACAACCACAAGAGGCACCGACACCAGACUAUCAAGUAUAUACACCCUUCCCCGAGCCGGGCCGAGAGAGCACUCCUACCACUACGCGCACAGCAGCAAGCCAGCAACAACUUGCUAGCGGGAGCGGGAUGGCGAAGCCGCUGCUGGUGCUGCCUCUGCUCGCCGCCGCUGGCGGCCGCGGCGUCGCCGGUCGUGCCUGCUGCGGCUGCCAGUACUACUACUCCGGCGACGCCGACGGCGAACCGCAGCGGCGGCGGCUGCUACCCCCGUCUCUUCGCGUUCGGCGACUCGCUCAUCGACACGGGCAACUUCAUCCACUACUCCACCGCGCCGGGCCCCGUGGCACGGCCGCCCUACGGCGAGACCUUCUUCCACCGCCCCACCGGCCGCCUCGUCGUCGGCUUCGUCGUGGAGCGGCUGGGGUUCCCGUACUGGACGCCUUACCUGGCCGGCAAGACCAAGGAGGACUUCCGGUACGGCGCCAACCUCGCCGUGGCGAGCGGCACCGCGCUCAACCAGCUCUUCUUCAAGAAGAAGGGCAGGCCCGGUCUCGACGUCGGCGGCAUCACGCCCUACUCCCUCGGCGUGCAGAUCAGCUGGUUUCAGAAACUGCUCGCCACGCUUGGCUCCACGGAGCACGAGCGGAGGGAGACCAUGGCGAGCUCGCUGUUCCUGGUCGGGGAGAUCGGCGCCAACGACUACAACCACCCCUUGUUCCAGAACAAGACGCGGGAGUGGGUGAUGCGGCUGGUGCCCCGCGUCAUCCGCUCCAUCGGGAUGGCCCUGGAGGCCCUCAUCCGGCUCGGCGCCACGACGCUGUACGUGCCGGGCAUCUUCCCGCUCGGCUGCCUCCCGCGCUACCUCUUCCUCUUCCGCAACAGCGGCGCCGCCGACGACCACGACCCGGCCACCGGCUGCCUCCGCUGGCUCAACGACGACCUCACCGCCCGCCACAACAGCCUCCUCAAGGCCAAGCUCGCCGAGCUCCGCCGCGCCCACCCGGGCGUCUCCCUCGUCUACGCCGACUACUACGACGAUGUCCUCGCCAUCGUCAGCGACCCGGCGAGGAACGGCUUCGCCCCGGCCACCGCGCUCGACGCGUGCUGCGGCGGCGGCGGCUUCCACAACGCCAACUUCACCGUGCACUGCACGGAGCCGGGCGCCGUGCAGUGCCCCGACCCGGCCAGGUACGUGUCCUGGGACGGCCUGCACAUGACGGAGGCCGUGUACCGGAUCAUGGCGCGCGGUUUCCUCGACGGCCCCUUCGCCGUGCCUCCCAUCAUGUCCAGAUGCAGGAAACACUAGAUAUCGUCUUUUGUCAACGGUGCCUGAGUGCGUGCCAAAAGUCAAAUAUCAGAAUAAGUUGUCUUUCUUGGAAUAAAGUGAAGUCGAACGACUCUGCAAAUUUAUCUAAAUAUUCAUAUUUAUUUUAGAACAAACUUAUCAGUUGAUAGUAUUCUUGCAAAUGUUUUGGUUGCGAGUAUGAGAGUAUCUAUGGCAAUGACACGCCAACAAAUGUCCUGGAA